GCUUAGGCGGAGGGGGUGUGUGAAUGGGAUUCUGUGUGCGCUCUCACUUUAACGGGUUCGGGACCGGCGACGGAGAUUCAGGUGACUACCCCGGUGGUUGCGGCAGAAGUCCAUGGCUGUAUCCCUGUGCGGAACCGAGGCCUUGCUGGCCCUGAAGGAAGCGCUGGACCAUUACUCGUCACACUCCAGGCCCCGGCAGCUUGGAGCGCUAGUGGACUACCUGUUGCAGCAGUACCGGCCCUGGAGUGUGAGAGAGAAGGCGGCAUCGGGGCCCAGGGGCAUCCUCAGUUGUCCAGGCUGUCACGGAUUACUCCGGGAGCCUGUGGCUGCCCAGUGCGGGCACACGUACUGCUGGUCCUGUCUCAGGGGGGAACCCAGGAACCAAUGCCGGCUGUGCCGGGGGGACAUGGGCCGUCAGCCCCGCAGGACCUGUGUGCUGCUUAAACAGCUGAUCCAUAAAUGGUUUCCUUUGCCUGGGGGCUGCAGCGGGCUGGACCGGGAUGUCACUGAGCUGCUACGAGCUGGGAAACACCGGGAGGCGCUUAACAAGAUCCACAAGGCCCUGGAGGCAGAUCCCCAAAACUUGACACUGCGUGUUUACAGAGCUGAAUCCUAUGCUGCACUCUGUGAGUUUGGAAAAGCACAUGAAGAGCUGGACUUUGUUCUAUCAAAACAGCGCAACAACCCGGAGGUUUACUUCAAGAAAGCCAAAAUGCUGCAAGAUACAGGCCAUAUGUAUGAAUCUUUGAUAUUUUACCUCCAAUGCUUGGCCUUGGAUGAGGAGUUCGCACUGGCCAGAUGUGAGAUGGAAAAGAUACUGCAUGACUUCUUAUCUCCUGUACCUGAGAAUGUAGAAGGGAUCUUGAAGGAUCUGGAAAGGACGUCGUUGCCAAACACACCUCUCAAACCUUUUGUCCUGGGCUCAGAUAAAGAAGAGCCUUCAUACAGUUUACCUCGUUGUCUGGAGCAGGGUACCCAGAUGCCAAAAUCCAUGAGCACUAUUGGAACCAGCGUUAUGCAGCGGACACAGUCGGUUCAUGCGCUUGGUGCUGCUAAAAUAUCUGCUAGGGAAGAAGGUUUGAAAAGGGUGUCGUCAGAGCCCCUCUUAUCCAGUCAAGAAAAUGGAAUUUUGUUGAAAAGAAAAUUCUCUCUAUUUGAACAAGAUGCAAACGUAUGUGAAGAUGGACAGAAUAAGCACAUCAAGCAUGGAGAAGUUUUAGAAUCAGAAGUGCACACUUUACCUCCGGAAUGGACUAUGCCCGAUGGAAUAGAUACUGCAGACUUUGAGUGCUCCCUUUGUAUGAGAUUAUUCUAUGAACCAGUGACCACGCCGUGCGGACAUACCUUUUGUAAGAAGUGUCUAGAGCGUUGUUUAGAUCAUACACCACAGUGCCCUUUAUGCAAGGAAAGCUUAACUGAGUACCUAGCAAGCAGAAACUACAAUAUGACGUACUUGCUGGAAGAACUCAUUAAAAAGUAUCUCCCCGAAGAGCUGUCGGAAAGAAAAAAGAUUCACGAAGAAGAAACAGAUGAGCUUUCAAACCUUACAAAGAAUGUGCCUAUGUUUGUUUGCACGAUGGCAUAUCCUACAGUGCCUUGUCCUCUUCAUGUGUUUGAGCCUCGAUACAGACUGAUGAUAAGACGAUGUAUGGAAACUGGUACAAAGCAAUUUGGAAUGUGCAUAAGUGACCCAGAAAAAAGUUUUGCUGAUUAUGGUUGUAUGUUGCAAAUAAGAAAUGUUCAUUUCUUGCCUGAUGGACGCUCUGUGGUUGAUACGAUCGGAGGAAAGCGAUUUCGUGUUUUGAAGAGGGGAAUGAGAGAUGGUUACUACACUGCUGACAUUGAAUACUUAACUGACAGUCAGGUUGAGGAAGAAGAGCUGGAGCAGCUCAAACAGCUUCACGAUGCUGUGUAUGCUCAGGCGUGCCGCUGGUUCCAGAAUUUAAGAUACAGAUUUCGCAGUCAGAUUCUGCACCAUUUUGGUUCAAUGCCAGAAAGGGAAUCCAAUAUACAGGGAAUCCCAAAUGGACCUGCUUGGUGCUGGUGGCUGCUUGCCGUGUUACCUGUGGAUCCCAGGUAUCAGUUAUCUGUCCUUUCAAUGGCGUCCCUUAAAGAUCGUCUUCUGAAAAUCCAGCAUAUAUUGACUUAUUUUUCAAGAGAUCAGCCCAAAUGACUAACCGCCUGGAACCUCCUUAAAAGUUAUCCACUCGUUACUGUGAUCGCUACCGGACUUGUUGCUAUCUUUGCACAUAUAACGUUUGCUUGAGACAUUAUUGUGAACAAACUUCCUCACUUGUGUGGAUAUCAAUAAGGAAAUCCAUUUUAAAUGCUUCAAAUCGAAUCAUUUGAUAUGAUUGUGUUACAUUUGACUUUAUUGCACUUUAAAGGUCUUUAUUUUUGGUCUGUAAAAUUACAUUGCACAUUUUGAAGACAUCAGGGUGUAUGCUGUAUAGCUGCUUUGUGCUUUAUUACAUUUUUGUGUAUUGGGCAUAUAAUGCAGAUCUGUCCAUGGACAUUGCGAACUUUAUCUGGUUACAUAUGCCACCUAACUAUGCAGUUUUUUUUUCUUUAGUUUUUUUGUAUUAUAUCGUUCCUAUGAUUUCAUAUCAUAGCAACUUUAAGAAUUUGAGCUAGACGAAAGAAAAUGGAUUUAGCCUUCAACCUGUUGGACUGUGAAUGAUUACACCACUUUUCAAAUGUAUAACAAGCCAAAUGAAAUUAAGAAUCCAGCAAAAUUACAAUUUUUAAAACUUCAAAAACAGUAAUUUAUGUAGACUUAUUGGCCUGUUGCCCGGUGUGAUGAUUAACUCUUCUUUCUCUGAUAUCUGGAGCUAAAAGUGUUAUUCAUCAUAUAGGAUUGCUCUCAAAAGUUCACUGGGAGUUUUUCACUCACGUCCCAAGGCCAAUUAUAUAUAAUUUUUGUAAAUCUCUAUUUAUUUAAUUUUAUCAUCUGUUAUGUUUCCCUAUGUUAACAAAAUGUUUUUUCUUUUAAAGGGAAUUUCACGUCUUCUAUUUUAUGUAUUGUAGUGUCCUAUAAUUCAAUGUUAUCAUGAAUACAAGCGUCCCCUUUAUUAUUUUUAAA